AUGACACUAUUUCACACAACUCUCAAGAGUAAUUCAUUGCUGCGAAGUUGCUUGAGUUCAAAGCAUUUGCGACAAUGGAAAUUUUUUGGCGGUUCUUUGACAAUAAACAGUGAACAAGGAAGUUCAACUAUUUACGCAUUGUCAUCAGGGCAAGGAAAAUGUGGAGUAGCCGUGGUCCGAGUGUCUGGUUUCGAAGCUUUAAAAGCUUUACAAAAAAUGACAAAUUUGUCAAAUCCAAAAUCAAAAACUACUUUUCUUCGAAAAAUACACGAUCCUGAAACUGGGGAAAUUAUAGAUAAAGGAUUAUGCUUGUGGUUUCCAGGUCCCAAAUCCUUUACUGGCGAAGAUACAGUUGAAUUUCAAGUUCAUGGCGGUUCAGCAAUUUUAUCAUCUCUAAUGACGGCACUCGCAAAACUUGGAUUUCGUCCCGCCGAACCCGGUGAAUUCACGAGACGUUCGUUUUACAAUAAUAAAUUGGAUUUAACGGAAAUUGAGGGUCUGGCCGAUUUAAUUCACGCCGAAACUGAACAACAACGUAAACAGGCACUCUUACAGGCGAGUGGUGUUCAUCGUGAAUUGUACGAAAAUUGGCGGCACACGCUUAUGAAAAAUAUUGCUCAUCUCGAGGCGUACAUUGAUUUUAGCGAAGAGGAAAAUAUUGAGAGCGAUGUACUCGUUAAUUGUAAUGAUAAUUUACGAGAACUCGUGGAAAAAUUGGAAAAUUAUCUUACCGAUGGUAGAAGGGGUGAGAUUUUACGUAGCGGUGUGAAAACGGUAAUUUUAGGUAAACCAAAUGUUGGGAAAAGUAGUCUACUAAAUAGUCUUGUACGACGUGAUGCUGCAAUUGUCACAUCCGUCGCUGGAACAACACGUGACAUUGUUGAAUUAACAUCAAAUAUAUCAGGUUAUCCAGUACUUUUGGCUGACACAGCAGGACUUGCAAAUAAUUCCAAGGAUUUUAUUGAACAAGAAGGAAUUCGAAGAGCGAGAGUUUAUGCAAUUAAUGCCGAUUUUAUUAUUUUAGUUGUCGAUGCCGUGGAAUUUGUCAAAAGUCAAAAAUCCAUUGUCAAUUAUAUUCACGACUAUAUGAAAAAUUUAGAAUUAAAUGAUCUUAUAAAUAAUGAGAGAGAAGUAAAAAAUUACAUAAUUGUUAUGAAUAAACUCGAUUUAAUUGAUAGUAAAAUGAAGAAUUUUUUUCUGAAAACUUUACAUGAAAAUAAUAUUAUUGGAAUUUCGUGUGUGAAAAAAGAGGGAUUUUCAAAUUUACUUGACGCAAUGACAAAAUGCUUUGUGAAAAUAUGCGGAAAUCCAUCGAGGGAAAAUCCAACAAUUAGUCAAACAAGACAUAGGAUUCAUUUGACAAAUUGUUUGAAUUGUUUAAAAAAUUAUUUCAAAUUAAUGUCGAAUGAUAAUCAUGACAUUGUUAUUGCCACUGAGGAGAUUCGUCAAGCAAUGAAAGAACUUGGAAAAGUAACUGGUCACGUUAGUAAUGAACAAAUUUUAGACAUUAUAUUUAAAGAUUUUUGCAUUGGAAAAUAAAAAAGAUCCUUUUGUAA